AUGGAAUUCGGAUUUAUCUCAAGAGCAAAUGACGACUACAGUUUUAUUGGCGUACAGUCAGGAAAGCCAUACGUCCAGUUGGUUUCGGAUACAGAGGACUACAUAAUGAAAGAUGGAAAACCUCUGCAUGUCGAAUAUAUAUCCGUUGCUGAAAGGAUUUUAAAGCGUUUCCCCGUCUUCAGUAACUUCAGUGAAAGCAGUGGAUUUCACUUGAAGGGAAGACUACCUCUACCUUUGAACGAACUGCUAAAAGAUGAAUUGGUGAUCCUCUGGCUGAAAUUGAACGAACGCCGUCUUAUUCGAGAACGUCAAGGAAAGGAUCAAAAACUAAUUAUUCACCCUGUCAAACGCCGACUUGCGUUGAAAGAGAAUGAAAAAGAUGCCUGGCUUUCUAAUGUGCGGAUUUUGGUUCUUGACUCCGACGACACAAAUGCCCUGUUUUCCGGCAAUUUGACCAAGUUUCUUAAAAAUUUACAGCUCUUGUCUUUAUCGAGGAGCAGUUUACAGUCACUAAGCGGAGUAGCAAAUAUGCAGAAACUGAAGAUUCUCGCUGCAGAGGGCAAUAACUUGCGAUCAUUUAACGAAGUUGCCUGUGAUUUCUUGCACCUUGAAUACCUGUAUUUGUCGCACAAUAAUAUCAGCACUCCCCUGAUGCAGUCAGAUAUUAAUAAUUUGUUUGCCAUCAGAGAGAUUGAUUUAUCUUACAAUAAACUUGAAAUACUUCCUGGAGAGUUGCUUCUACUUCCUUCUUUGGAGAUACUGAACAUAAGCCAUAACAACCUGAAUGUGCUCUCGCUUAACCGAAUGCGUCAUCGACCCUUGACAAAGCGCCUUCAUUUAUUGGAUCUCUCAUACAACAAAUUAGUUGUAUUUCCAGAAAAGCUUGUGGAAGUCGCAGUCACGUUGGAUAUCAGUUACAAUCGCUUACGAAGACUUUCCGCACGGACUAUGGCCAGGAUUUCCAGCGUCUGGCAUUCUGUUCAAGGGCGAGAGGAUUUGAAAUUCGAAAUAUGUUUUGAAAAAAACCCUUUGCUCAUACCGCCUUUAAUUGUCGCCCAAGGAGGUGUGACUGAGAUUACGAAGUAUUUUUUCGAAUUAAAUAUAGGACUUGAAGAAUUCUUCGGCACUAAAAUUAUUUGCUUUGGAGAAGUUGGUUGCGGAAAAACAAGUCUACUGCUGAGUCUUUCCAGUGGAUAUCGAAGGGUGACCGAUUCUGAACAGGAGAAAACGGUAUUUUCAGAACUUCACUGUAUAACCCAUGAAAUAUCCAGAAAGAGUUGGGAGAAAUAUUCAAAUAUUACUACAGAAUCAAAGGAUUCGAACACGGCGUUUCUGCCACUGGUAUCGUUCAAGAUUCUUGCUUGGGAAUUUUCUGGAAAUGCGUAUUACGAAGGAAUUGCGUCCUUUUGCACUACAACUCCGCUUAUUUCAGUUAUAUGCGUCAAUCUGCAGAGCUACCAAGAUGCAGUGACCAGUUAUUCCCUAAACAAUACGUCCUCUACAGCGUCCUUUUACACUUGUGUCGGUCAGUGGGUUGACCUUAUGUUAUCCCGUACUAACGGCGUCACAGCCAUAAUUGUCGCGACCAAGUGCGAUCUAGUUGAACGACCCCUCAUUCCUGGAUUGAUAGCGCAGCUUCGCAAGGAUGUUCAUAUGUAUGUUAACUACAGGCUAAGGAAAAUCACUGACGAAAUACAGCGCCUCGAAGAAAUGCCCAGAAUUAACUCAACAACUAAGCAUCAACUAGAGUACCUAUACAAUAUUUAUAAAGCUUUUUCAAUUACUAUUCAUUAUGAAAUAGUAACCACCUCGUGCGUGGGUUCAGCUGAGUUUACGUUGGAGCCGACCAACCUGUGCGAUGCCGUGUUAAAAUUGACCAAGACUCUCAAACAUGUAUUUCCAUUCAUGUUACACGUUAUUCCGCCAGGGUGGAUAAAGGUUGCCCACUAUUUAGAAGAAUCUCCACAAAGUGAACCCACAGAUGCAAGGCUUUUAAUUGAUUUUGUGCAUUUCAAAAGCAUCCUGCACCACCGAUUUCAAAUUAAACCCGACUCUGCGCUUUUAAUUGCAACAUACCUGCAUGAGAGCGGCAAAGCCUUCCUAUUACAAACCGCCUAUGCCAAGGAGGAAAAAUUGAAACGAAGCAUCCUCCGUGGCGGAAACACUCAGGGCCCACAUGCGUUAUUCGAAAGUACUUCUCACGCUCUAAAAACCGGCUACAUUCCUGGAUCAAUGCUUCCCCACAUUUUUGAAGCUUGUGGGCUUGCCCCGGCCGCAUCGGGCAUUCCUACAAUGAAAUCUAUGUUCCUCAUUAUCUGGCAGUGGUUGGAGAUAGGUUACCCCAUUAAGAACAAUGAUGCCACGGCCAAUGUCAGAACUGAAGGCCUCAGCAUUGAGGAGUGUUUGAAUGAGUAUGCUACUCCUUACAGUUUGGCUGUGGCUGCGGAUAUCCUGCGUUCACAAGAAGAGACGGCGGAGUACACGACUGCAUCGUCUGCGGUACAGAACCGAGGCACCAAAACAACCAGAAGUGCUAUCAUCAAAUCUGAUUGGUUGGCGUCGAAUGGCCUACCGGGUCUCCGCUUCCCCAUGCGUCUGAUGGCGUCCCGGAGCCCAGAGGCAGAACAGGUCUGGGCGUCGGCUACAGAUACCAUUGAAAACUCUAUCUGUCUGGCCUACCGGUUUCCAAAUGGUCUAACUCCCGGUGUUCUGGCACGGGCCCUGUUCUGCUAUCUGAGCCAAUGGAAGGAUGGCACGUUGAUGGUGUCUCGGGAUGCUGCGUUCCUGCUGCAACUGACGAAAAAGGAAAAGUCCGGAGAGGAAGAAGAUGUUGUCCUCUUUGAGGUCCGUUCACGCCAACCAAUGUGUACUGAUCAAACGAUGACUACCCUGGAGGCUGGGGGAGAUGAAACUGAGCGCGCCAACCGCUCAGCGAUGCAAUUAAAGUCUGCGCAGCUACUGUGGCAGAUGCUGACCCCAGUUGCCGGGGUCUUUGAAAGCGUCCUUCUCAGUUACAAAGGUUACUGCCCUUACUUCUGA